CCACGGCCAUCUCAAAUAGCCUCCAUUGCUGAUGGCCGCCAUUAAUGGCGAUGGGCACCUCGCUCUCCUGCUCCUCCUCCAAACCCUUAAUUGCCCACCGUCCCAUCCACAUUGGUUGGGGAACGCCUUUAUUGCCCUCCUCCAGGAUCAUCAAGAGCGCAUGGCUGUGCUUCAUUUUCACUGUUUUUAUUGCUGAAAAAUUGGAUCUUUGGUGGUUUAGGGAUGGGGUCGAAGGAGAUCCGGUCGCCGGAGACCUUGCCGGAGAAGUACCCGGCGUGUGUGGAGCUCUCGUCAAGGAUGAAGCUUGGGGCGCACUUCAUGGAGAGUGACGAGCGGCGGUUCUCAGCUAUUGGUGGAGCUUAUGUUGCCGGCGGGACUACGCCGGUGAACAUCAAGGGGAAGCCUAUUGAGGAUUUGUCCAAGACUGGUGGUUGGAUUGCAGCUUUCUUCAUCUUCGGAAAUGAGAUGGCAGAGAGGAUGGCAUACUUUGGGCUCUCAGUGAACAUGGUGACUUUCUUGUUUAAUGUGAUGCAUAGGCCUUUCUACAGCUCUGCAAAUGCCGUAAAUAACUUCCUUGGCAUAUCACAAGCAUCAUCUGUUCUUGGUGGUUUUAUUGCUGAUGCCUAUCUUGGUAGAUAUUGGACUAUUGCGAUCUUCACUACUAUUUAUCUUUUGGGAUUGACAGGGAUAACCCUUUUAGCCUCAGUGAGUGUCUUUGUACCAAAUCAAGCUCAGUGCGAUCAGUUAUCCAUUCUUUUAGGUGCUUGUGAGCAGCCGAAGUCAUGGCAGAUGCUUUAUCUGUACACAGUUCUAUACAUAACAGCAUUUGGAGCGGCAGGAAUCCGGCCUUGUGUCUCAUCCUUUGGAGCUGAUCAGUUUGAUGAGAAGAGUAAAGACUACAAGGCUCAUUUGGAUCGGUUUUUCAAUUUCUUUUAUCUCUCUGUCACCAUUGGUGUAAUUGUGGCUUUCACCAUGGUGGUUUAUAUCCAAAUGAGAUAUGGAUGGGGUUCUGCAUUUGGCUCCCUGGCCAUUGCCAUGGGUUUUUCAAAUGCUAUCUUUUUCCUUGGAACUCCUCUCUAUCGACAUCGGUUACCAGGAGGCAGUCCUCUCACUCGUGUAGCUCAAGUCCUGGUAGCUGCCUUCUACAAGAGAAAUGCGUCAUUCUCUAGCAGCAGCCGGAUUGGGCUGUAUGAAGUUCCUGGCCGGAAAUCUGCCAUCAAGGGUAGUGCAAAGAUUGAACAUACUGAUGAUUUUAGGUGCUUGGACAAAGCAGCACUGCAGAUCAAAGAAGAUGGUUCAGACCCUAGUCCAUGGAGGCUCUGCACUGUGACACAAGUCGAAGAAGUGAAAAUACUCGUGAAACUUCUCCCAAUUCCUGCAUGCACAAUAAUGCUGAGUGUUGUCCUCACAGAAUUCCUAACCCUGUCAGUUCAGCAAGCAUACACUCUGAAUACUCAUAUGGGGCACCUGAAACUCCCUGUUACAUGCAUGCCAGUUUUUCCUGGCCUCAGUAUCUUCCUAAUUCUCGCCCUCUACUAUUCAACGUUCGCACCAUUAUUAAGACGCAUUACUGGGCACCCUCAAGGUGCCUCACAGCUUCAAAGAGUUGGCCUUGGCCUAGCAGUAUCAAUCUUGUCUGUUGCUUGGGCAGGAGUAUUCGAGAGAUACCGAAGAAACUACGCUAUCAAACAUGGUUAUGAGUUAAUUUUCCUGACACCAAUGAGUGACUUGAGUGCCUACUGGUUGUUGAUACAAUACUGUUUGAUUGGAAUUGCUGAAGUGUUUUCCAUUGUUGGUCUACUGGAAUUCCUUUAUCAAGAAGCUCCUGAUGCAAUGAGGAGUGUCGGUUCUGCUUAUGCUGCUGUUGCAGGAGGCCUUGGUUGCUUUGUGGCUUCCAUUCUGAACAACAUUGUGAGAGCCAUCACUGGCAAUGAAGCUCAAGGCAAGCCUUCAUGGCUUUCGCAGAAUAUAAAUGUUGGGAAAUUCGAUUACUUUUACUUCUUAUUGACAGUGUUGAGCUUCAUUAAUUUCUGUAUUUUUCUCUUCUUCGCAAAGCGAUACAAGUACAGGGCUCGGAAUGCUAUCAUUGAAGAGGAAGUAUCAUAGGCAGACAAUAGUUAUGGUCCCUGCUUGAUGAUUGUUCUAGGCUUCUAGCUUGAUUUUUGCACCAAUUUCAGGCGCUUGUGUUCUGUAAUUUUUAUGAUUUCUUGGAUGCUCACUUUAGUGUUAAAUUUAAAUGUAGUUUGUAUUCCCAUGUAUUCUUGAACUUUGAAAAUUUUAUGGCUCCACGUUCAGUUUA